AUGCGAGCUACUCAGGUCACCCACAGCGGCAUGCCCUCGGGCCCCACCUACAUGGGCUGGUGGGGAGGUUUCGCCGGCCCCCAGCAGAAGGGCAUCACUCAGUACUCCCUCUCGCCCUUCCAGCAGAACCCCGUCAAGAACGCCGUUCGCGACUACAUCUUCUUUGGCUACAAGCGCCUGAUGCAGCAGGCGCCCUACUUUGCCAUCCCCUUUGCUGUCGGAUACGGCAUCAUCGCAUGGGGCAAGAAGAAGAACGCCUACUACAACUCCAAGGCCGGUCACCUCGCGGGUCACGGCGACCACUAG